UGUGUCUAUUUAUUACAAACCACCAGCGCUCCUUCUUGCCAUCCCCCCCACAUAACACAUCCUGCGUGUCACACUUCCCAUAAAUACCUGCGCAAGCUGCGAACCGAAACAGACAAAGCCUGUUGAAACGAACUCAAAACUAUUUAUAUAGCUCGUCUUGCGCCCACCAGCUAAGCUAACGCAACUUCUGCAGUCUCCAAACCUUCUCGGAACAUCCUCACCACAAAAGGCCAUCAGCAAAUAGCUGGUACUACAUCAUGAUGGGCCUUUCAGCAAUUUUCACCUUUUUCCUUUUGGCUUUUCGCCUCCUUUCGCCAGCCUUCGCAGCUCCAUCACCAAGGGCGGCUUCGGGCUACUGGUUGGCAGAUAUCCAGCGCCAGGGCACGGUAGCAUAUGGCGACGCGAGUUACAAGGUCUUCCGCAAUGUGUUGGAUUACGGGGCCAAGGGCGAUGGCGCUACCGACGACACGGAGGCAAUCAACGCAGCCGUUGCCGACGGCAAGCGAUGCGGCGAGGGCUGCUCGUCUAGCACGACAACUCCUGCUCUCGUCUACUUCCCCCCCGGUACCUACCUCGUCAGCAAGCCCAUCCUCCAGCUCUACUACACGCAGCUCGUGGGCGAUGCGGUCAGCCCGCCGACCCUGAAGGCAGCGGCUAGCUUUGCUGGCAUGGCGGUUAUCGAUGCCGACCCAUACGACGACCAGGGCAACAACUUCUGGGUCAACCAGAACAACUUCUUCCGCCAAAUCCGCAACUUUGUCAUCGACUUGACUGCCAUGCCCGUCACAUCCGGUGCUGGCAUUCACUGGCAAGUCGCGCAAGCCACCAGCCUGCAAAACAUUGUCUUCAACAUGCGCACUGAUGGCGGUAACACCAACGGGCAGCAAGGCAUCUUCAUGGACAACGGAUCUGGUGGUUUCAUGACGGACCUGACCUUCAACGGCGGCAAAUACGGUGCAUUCUUUGGCAACCAGCAAUUCACAACCCGCAACCUGACAUUCAACAACUGCCAAACCGCCAUCUUCAUGAACUGGAACUGGGCAUGGACCUUCCAGGACGUCAAGAUCAACAACUGCGCGGUUGGGAUCGACAUGUCGAACGGCGGCAGCACUGGCCAGACAGUGGGCUCGGUCUUGGUUGUCGACAGCGUCUUUACUGGCACGCCGGUCGGCAUCAAGACUGCCUACGAUCCUUCCCUGCCCCAGACCAACGGCACCCUCAUUCUCGACAACGUUGAUAUGACGGGCGCUACCCAGGCCGUUUGGAGCAACGCCACUGGUGCAGUCAUCCUCCCGGGCGCGCAGAAGGUCGAGUUCUUUGUCCAGGGCCGCACCUAUGGUGGGGCGUCUGGCAGUGCCGGCAAAGCUGUACAGAGCCCUCAGACUGCUGUCGAGAAGCCUGCGUCCCUCCUGGACUCGGCUUCUGGCAAGGUCUUUACGCGCAGCAAGCCCCAGUACGAGAACCUGCCUUCCACUGCUUUCUUGAGCGUCAAGUCCAACGGUGCCAAGGGUGACGGUGUCACCGACGACACGGAUGCCAUCCAGGCCAUCUUCGACAAGGCUACUCCUGACCAGGUUGUGUACUUUGAUCACGGUGCCUAUCUCGUCACCAAGACCGUCAAGGUUCCCAAGGACAUCAAGAUUACUGGCGAGAUCUGGCCGCUCAUCAUGGCUGGUGGCGACAGCUCCUUCAAGGACCAGGCCAACCCGCAGCCCGUCUUCCAGGUCGGACAAGCAGGCGACAAGGGCGCUGUCGAGAUUUCGGAACUCAUCUUCGGGACCGCAGGCCCACAGCCAGGAGCCAUCAUGAUGGAGUGGAACGUCGCCGGUACGAGCCAAGGCGCCGCCGGUCUGUGGGAUGUGCACACUCGCAUCGGUGGAUAUGCUGGCACACAGCUGCAGCUGGAGCAGUGCGCCAAGAACCCCAACGUCACCAACCCGGUCAACCCCAACUGCUUCGGAUCCUUCCUGAUGCUGCACAUCACAAAGACGGGCAGCGCUUAUCUCGAGAACACCUGGUACUGGGUUGCCGACCACGAUCUCGAGCCUGCGGCCAACAACCAGCAGAUCGAUGUCUUCAACGGCCGCGGCGUGCUGGUCGAGGGCCAGGGGCCCGUCUGGGGCUUCGGCACGGCGUCUGAGCACUCGGUCCUCUACAACUACCAGUUCAGCGAUGCGUCGGAGGUCUACCUGGCCCUGAUCCAGACCGAGACGCCCUACUUCCAAGGCAACCCGGUCUCCGUGUCGCCCUUCACCAAGAACGACAAGUUCGGCGAUCCCGACUUUGCCGCUUCGUGCCCCAGCGGCACGGACGGCGGCUGCGAGCGGUCGUGGGGCGUGCGCGCUGUCAACUCCAAGGACAUCUUCAUCUACGGCGCCGGCCUGUACUCGUUCUUCGACAACUACGACCAGACGUGCCUGGAGACCGAGUCCUGCCAGACGAACAUGGUCUCGCUCGAGGACAGCACGGUCCACCUCUUUGGGCUCAGCACCAAGGCGAGCGUGAACAUGCUCACGGUUAACGGCCAGAGCGCGGCGCUCGACAAGGACAACCGCAACAACUUCUGCGCCACGCUCGCCUUUUUCGCCUCUACGUAGGCCCGCCGAGCAUCACCCGCCAACAUCACCUAGUUCUUUAGUUAUUUCUUCCCUUCUUUAACAUGGUCAUUGCGUUGAAGCGACGCCAGUGUGGUUUUGAACCCGACUUUACCUUGACACGAGGUUUUAUUUUUCUCUCUGCUUUCUUCAUUCGUGCUUAUAUUUGGGUUUGCAUUC